AUGGCAUCAAUCAGCCGUCCACGAUUCUCAAUUUUGGUUAUCAAUCCAAAUACCUCUACUCAUAUGACCAGUGCACUGGUCCCCAUCCUUGACAACCUUGGGUAUACAGACAUCCACUUCGACUACUUCACAGCUCCGCAGUCUGAGACCGUCACACUCCCCGAUGGCCGAGUCAUUCACGGCAUACCCAGCAUAAAUUCGGGAGAAGACUCAGUUGUAUCCGCACUCCACUGCCGGCCAUUUGUGGAACCGCUAGUCGAAAAGUACGAUGGGUUCCUAGUCGCAUGCUAUUCAGCGCAUCCACUUGUCGGAAUGCUCAGAGAAGCUAUUGAAAAGCUGGAAGAUGCAGCUUUACUAGAGCUCGGGCCGACGGCAAACACAAAGAAGAAGUUCGUGACCGGGAUCUUCGAAGGAAGCAUUGUAACCUCUCUAUCACUGGUUAGCUCUUUCCAACUUACCUGGGACGGAGGGUUCGGCAAGUCGCAAGCCAAGGACACUUUUGGUAUCGUUACUACUGGGAGUAGUUGGAAGGUCGAGCUCAGCAAUGCUGUUUCGGAUAUGCUUGUUAAUUCCGGUAAUCAUAAGGGCUCUUCCAGUCGGUUCGCCGGCGUGGAAACCACAGGACUCACGGCUGUUGAAUUGCAUACUACUCCUCCUGAAGAAGUACGAAGGAGGAUUAUUGAGGCUACCGAAAGAUUAAUCAAAGCAAAUUCACGACCUGUCAGUGCGAUUUGCCUGGGAUGUGCUGGUAUGGCCGGCAUGGAGGAAGCGGUACGAGAAGGUUGCAUCAAAGCAUACGGCCGCAAGCAAGGUAGUCGGGUAAAGAUAGUUGAUGGCGUCGUGUCUGGUGCAGGGAUGCUCGUCACAGCAUGCAAAGCUGGCUUCUGA